AUGAUCAAAUUAGAAUACAAAAUACAAACUAAAGCUUUAUUACCUCGUCUCAAAUAAAAAUCCAUUAAUGAUAAUUCUAUGUAUACAAUCUAAUUACUACGUAAAACUAUCCAUCAAAUUACUAACAUAUAUUCUGAACCUAAACCCACUGAAAUGGCAUCUAAAAUGCUACCUCCAUAUAAAAUUAGAAGAUUAAAUCAUUCAUACACAAAAGACUAUUCUCAAAACAACAAUAGUUAAUUAUUCGAAUUACAUUAAAAGGGAUCUACAUAAACCAUUGCUAAUUAUUCCAUUGAUCAUAAAAAGAGCUAUUCAGAUAAUUCCAAAAUUAAAGUCAUUAAAUCUCCUAAUCUACCCAUCAAUUCAAUCCAAAUAUUCUAAAAAUCAAAAAAUAGGUUAUAAACCAUCGAUAUAAAUGACAGAUUUAAAAAUCUUAAAAAUAGAGCAUUAUCUUAAAAAUAUGGAAAAAGAACUAGAUCUGGCUCUCAAUAAAAAUGA